AUGGACAAAGCCAAAGCAGUUAUUAGCGACUUUACGUCCAAGAGCGGUCACCACGACACGACGAUCUACGAAGCCUUCAAGUCCAAGGGCGGCGCCCUUGGCGGACGGGAGGAGCGCUAUGAUGGCUUCGAAGGCGAACCCAAGAAUAUCGGCGGUGCACUGUUAGGUCUAAAAUCGACAUCCAAGCGAGAUUCACACCAAACUGAAGCCCGUGGUGUUCCUUCCAAUACCCGACAUGGGGACUUGGACCUUCUUGACGGCAAGCAUAGCCACCACACCGCCAACGCUAAUACCGGAGGUGGUUUCGGGAUGGGCGGCCGUGAUGUUGGAGGCUACACUAACCCAGCAUUGCAGCAGAAUAUAUUGACCAAUAAUGAUUCCCCUGCUGGCAGCAAUCUUGGGCAGCCAGGGACCGCGAUGUCGAAGCCCCCAAUGGUGUCUAGGCUGAAUCCACUCAAGGACGGGGACGGAGAUAGAAAAAAGGUUUUAUGGAUUGAUAGGAAUAUGAAUGCUACUGACGGAAAAUAUAUACACAGGUUCGCAUCAUCGCUGCAAAUUCACACUACUUCUCAUGCCCACUUCGUCAUUCCCUUCAACAGGAAAAGAAACCUUUCCCUAGAAUCACAGUCCCUAACGCCGGAGAACUCUCAUCUUCGGGUUUUUGCUCUUGUCAUCUCGCGCUCUACAACUCCUCCUCAGGGCCUACCUUAA